AUGAUCACCAACACCGCACUGCGAAUCAACGCCGGAAAUCUAUCGCAACAGCGCCAAGCCAAGCCCAAUGCUAGCGAAAACCACGGGCAGGUGGUUCUCGUGGCCGCCUCCGGUGAGCUGAUAGCUGACAUAACUAUCGACGGCUGGUACGAGACUCAAAAUGAUCAUGGACCACCCUUGAAGCUUGCGGUCGCCUCGGUACCAAGCCGCCAGGAUCAGCAAGCUAAUGGUAAUGUUGCGUGCCCCCGUGAGGCGCACGAGCGCAUCAGAGAGCAGCUCGGCCUCGGGUGUUGUGGGAGCGGGAAAUUCGACUUGGGCGAGGAGCUCCUGAGGCCGCAACAGGCCCUUUACACCAAUUAG